CACAUUUAUUUAGUGUAGUGACAAAAAUCAUCACAGAGCCAGCAGGGCGCAACUUGAUCUACCAUAGAAUGAGUUGUUGGAGUCUGACCCAAUCGGGCUAAUAAUUCCUUUCUUAAAAGUUCACCAAUUUCGACUCCAGCAAUAUUUGAAACAGAAAAAUGAAUGGAAGACCAAUAUUAUGCAGUAGUUUGAAUAACAAGUUAAUGGGCAUUCAGCUGAGCUUUCAGCUGUUGGUAACAACUAUCACUGCGGUUCUAGUUAUCACAACUUUGUUCAUGUCCAGAGAGAUUAAGCAGGAAAUUCGAAAAAAGCCAGAGUUAAGCUCAUUAUCCAGCUGCAAUUUCUUUUCAGGCAAAUGGGUAUUUGAUAACCAAUCUCGCCCUUUCUAUAAUGGGUCCAAUUGUUCAUUCAUUUCGUUCUUGGAUGAUGGAAUGGCUUGUGAAAGUUAUGGGAGAGAAGACCUAAACUAUCUCUACUGGAAAUGGCAACCCCAUGAUUGUGACCUUCCAAGAUUUAAUGCCACAGCAAUGUUGGAGAAGUUAAGGAACAAAAGGCUUGUGUAUGUGGGAGAUUCAGUCAAUAGGAAUCAGUGGGUUUCAAUGGUGUGCAUGCUAGAGUCAUCAAUCCAUACUCAUCUCAAACAUGUUCACUAUAAUGGUUCUUUGGUCACCUUAAAAGCUAUUGAAUAUAAUGCUACCAUUGAUUUCUACUGGGCACCAUUGUUGGUUGAAUCCAAUUGCGACGAUGCGUGGCAUCAUCGUGUUAAAAAUCGCGUUUUGAGAGUCAAUUCAAUAGAGAAACAUGCUAGAUUUUGGGAAGAUGCUGAUGUUCUUGUCUAUAAUUCCUAUUUAUGGUGGCGACUGGAUUUGACUAUUCUGUGGGGAUCCUUUGGAAGUACAGAUGCAAAGUAUGAACAAUUGGGGAUGCUGCGUACGUACGAGUUGGGGCUUAAGACAUGGGCAGAUUGGUUGGAUUCUCAUGUCAACCGCACCAAAACUAGAGUUUUCUUUGUUAGCAUGUCGCCCACGCACAGCAGGGGAGAGGAAUGGGGGAAGGCAGAAGGUGAGAAUUGUUACAAUGAAACACAGCCAAUUUCUAAUGCAGAAUAUUGGGGAUCAGAAUCAGAUCCGGGAAUGAUGAGAUUGGUAGAAGCAGCCAUAAAGAAGCUGAAUGAGAAAAGUGGUGUUAAAGCAGAUUUGCUCAACAUUACUCAACUUUCUGAGUAUAGAAAAGAAGCACAUCCAUCCAUAUAUAGAAAGCACUGGGAUCCUCUGACCGAAGAACAAUUGGCAAGUCCAAGUAGUUAUGCAGAUUGUACUCAUUGGUGCCUCCCUGGAGUUCCUGAUAUUUGGAACCACUUUUUAUAUGUAUACCUUCUUUACUUGUGACCCAUGUGGAAUGACUAGUUCUUACAGAAAUAGUAAGAGUGUAAUUGGAUUCAUUUGUUCUUUUAAAGAGUGGAUUUUUUUGUGUUA